GUUUUGGUUUAAUAUAACCCCGGUAUAGAAACCACAACGUGGGGAAGUGAGUGUAUAUACUUCCAUUCGCGGUAUAGAUUGUUGGAGAUGAUCUAUUUUCGCUAUACUAUGCCCGGUAAGCUGUAUCUUCAACAGCCCCUUUUUUGCAACAUCCCCACCUUAGAACGAUAUGACUAUCAACAAUCUACCAAUAAUACGAGCAUACUGAGCUCAUUUGAACAUGUUUAACGACAGAGGCGUCCUAGCUUAGCUGCAUGUGCACGCAUAUAUGUACGUGAUGUAUACGUCAAUGAUCGAAACAUCGGUUAUUACAGGUAUGAAUACGCCCUCUUAAUUCACAUAUCAAGAAUUGACCUACCAGAAGUUCUAACGGCCUAUGCUGUGUAGCCAACGUAUCGCUGCCUUAUUGCCUAUAUCGCUCGUGGGGGAGGCUCGUGUAGCACACCGCUACCCCAGCUCUAAUCUUCUGAAGCCGGGGUAGAUAUUUUUCUAUAAAGGCAUAAGCGUUCCGCAAUAUUCAGGUCUCUGUCAGUCGACCCGAGUAGAACUCUCAGCUUAUUCUUAGCUGCUUUAGCGAAUAAUGGCAGACCCAAAGCCCCUUAAAGGAAAGGUUAUACUCGUCACGGGGGUGGCCCAAGGAAUCGGGGCAGCUAUAAGUGACUACAUCGCGGCGCGUGGUGCAACGUUGUCUUUAGCAGAUUUGCAGAUAGACACACUCAACGCCUCGGCGCAGCGUAUUUCUGAGGCUUAUCCCGAUAUUCAAGUGUCGACAUGGACUGUGAACGUCACGGACCCGAAGUCCGUCGAGGAAUGGGUCAUUGCGUCGAAGGAGAAAUUUGGGAGGAUCGACGGAUGUGUCAAUAAUGCUGGAAUCCUUGGUGACGGAGACCAGAUAACGGAGAUGAGCUACGAGAACUGGUCUCGAGUCAUUGAUGUUAAUUUAACUGGCAUGUUUAACUGCCUUAAGUUCCAAUUACGCGCAAUAGCAGAUGGCGGUAGCAUUGUGAACAUGUCUAGCGCUUCCGGCAUACGCGGGACUCCCAUCUUGCCGGCCUACGCAGCUUCUAAGCACGGGGUCAUUGGUUUGAGUAGAAUAGCCGCUGCCGAACACGCCCACCGCAAAGUCCGGGUUAAUGCGGGGUGCCCGAAGUAUACGUUAUUUUCUUAUCGGCCCGGCUUUAUGAAUUGGAGCUGGUAUAAAGAGAGACCUGUAUUUGACUGCUUUGGGGGGGUUCCUCUCAAUGGGUGAGGUGGCUGCGAUGGUUGGGUAUCUCUUAGGCGACGAGAGCAAAUUUAUCACUCGGGCGAUUCUUCCGGUUGAUGGCGGGAUGAGUGGAUGAUUCUAUAAGGCAGGCCUGUCAACACCACAUCUUAUUUAAUUAUCGUGUAACUCCGAGAGAAUGUUCUGCUUGUGCCGUUGGGAUGAAAUUUUUAGCACUAGUCUCAUUACAGUAGAAGGUCUUGACAUAGGCGAUGUCGGACUGCGUUUCCUAUGUAGCUCAAUAUCCGUAUCGCUCUUUUUCCAAUUAAGAAGAAUUGGGCGUAUGGGCGAAUACUUAGAGUAAUUAGGUAGAUCGUUCUAUAGCUGUGAGUUGGUAAAGAGACUCAUAUCCUGAUCACGUGACUGAUGCAUGUCUAUCAAGU